UGUUGCUCUCAAUAUCCAAUCACACCUUCACGUUUCCAUAUUGAUCUAACAAAGUCCAUUUUACUUUUCCCACUUCUCCUUCUUUUUUCAGAUGUAAGCAAUAUUAUUGAUUUAUUGUUCCAAGUUCUCACCUUCUUCAGAUUCCGUUGCUGAAUCUAUUUGUACUUCUUCUCUUUAUAUUCUUUGGAGUGUGUUUUUUUUUUUUACAAUCGAGGAUAGUUAUUGAUGAUGGAAUCGAACUUCUAUAGAAUAGUCAACGGUCACGAGUAUUACGAUGUAAGUUUCUUACCAAACCAGAUUCCUGAUAUGGGAUUCGGCGUUCCUUCCUCUAGCGACUUCGAUCUCCGCUUAGAUCAUCAUCAUCAACAACCUUCUUCAUAUUGGAUUCCAUCAACACAACAAGAUCAAGAUCAGUACUCUCCUCCGGGUGCUGAUGAGAUCGAUUCAGAAAACACUCUUUUGAAAUACGUGAACCAGCUCCUUAUGGAAGAAGAGACUCUCUCUGAGAACCAGUCUUUGUCAUCCUACGAUUCAUUAGCUCUACGACAAACCGAAGAGAUGUUGCAGCAAGUCAUCAACGACUCACUAGCUCAAUCUUCUAAUUCGAUUACUAGUAGUACUAGUAGCGGUAGUAGUAGUGGUGAGUAUCUGAACAGCAACAGCAACUCUUGUGUCCGGAUCGAGACAGAAGCUAACUCUACUGAGAGCGAGGCGUUGUCUGAUGAUCAUCCUCACCAUGUUCUUGACUCCGGUGUUGUGUCGUUUCAAGGACCAAACAUGUCGCGCGGAUACGGACAGCCGGCGAAUGAGAUACUCGUCAGGAGUAUCUUUAGUGAUGCAGAUUCAGUUAACCAGUUCAAGAGAGGGCUAGAGGAAGCUAGCAAGUUUCUUCCCAACACCGAUCAAUGGAUCUUCAACCCACAACAUGAAGUCGUCUCCGUGAAAGCCGAAAAGGGUUUCUCGAGAGUCAGAAAACAUCAUCAUCAGGAGCCUGAAGAGGAAGAAGCUAGGAGGAGAAAGCAAUCUGCAGUUAACGUAGACGAUGGUAACAUAACAGAACUAUUCGAUAAGGUUCUGCUUCUUGAUAACCAAUUGGAUCCACAGAUCAAAGAAGAAACCGAAAACGUGUCAAGCAAGAAAGGAGGAGGACGCGGUAAGAAGAAGAGCAAAGCUGUUGAUUUCCGCACGCUUCUCACUCUAUGCGCACAGUCCAUCUCAUCAGGAGACAAGCUCGCAGCCGAUGAUUUGCUAAACCAGAUAAAGAAACAAUGCUCGCCUCUCGGCGAUGCGUCGCAAAGACUAGCUUACUUCUUCACCAAGGCACUCGAGGCGCGUCUUCAAGGAAGCAGCGGAGUGAAGAUACAGAGUUACUACGACUCCAUAACGUCAAAGAAAAGAACAGCUGCGCAGAUUCUCAAAACAUACAAAGCCUUCUUGUCUGCUUCUCCCUUCAUGACUUUGAUUUACUUCUUCUCUAAUAAAAUGAUUCUUGACGCUUCCAAGGAUGCUUCGGUGCUUCACAUAAUAGACUUUGGGAUCCUCUACGGUUUCCAGUGGCCUAUGUUUAUACAGUACAUAUCGAAAAGCAAGAUCGGUCCGAGGAAGCUGAGGAUAACAGGUGUGGAGCUUCCUCAGAACGGGUUUCGACCGACGGAGAAGAUAGAGGAUACCGGUCGGAGACUGAGAGAGUAUUGCAAACGGUUUGGUGUUCCGUUUGAAUACCAUGCACUUGCGUCUAAGAACUGGGAGACAAUCCGCUUGGAGGAGUUCAAGAUCCGACCGAACGAGGUUCUUGCGGUUAACUCGGUGCUACGGUUCAAGAAUCUACGAGACGUGACUCCAGGGGAAGAGGAUUGUCCGAGGGACGGGUUCUUGAAACUGAUCAGAGACAUGAAACCCGACGUUUUCCUCAGCUCGACGAUCAACGGGUCUUUCAACGCUCCCUUCUUCGCCACGCGGUUUAAAGAAGCUUUGUUUCAUUACUCGUCGCUCUUCGACAUGUUCGGUUCGACUUUGUCCAAGGAGAACCCGGAGAGGAUGCAUUUCGAAGGGGAGUUUUUCGGGAGGGAAGUGAUGAAUGUGAUUGCUUGUGAAGGGGUUGAUAGAGUGGAGAGGCCUGAGACUUACAAGCAGUGGCAAGUGAGGAUGAUGAGAGCUGGGUUUAAGCAGAAGCCUGUGGAGAGAGAGCUUGUAGAGUCGUUUAGGGAGAAGAUGAAGAGGUGGGGUUACCAUAAAGACUUUGUGCUUGAUGAAGAUAGUAAUUGGUUCUUGCAAGGUUGGAAAGGUCGCAUCUUGUUCUCCUCUUCUUGUUGGGUCCCUUCUUAGCUUGUGUCUUACAAUCAAAAUAUUUUUCAUGUAAUAGCAUUUGUUUCUUUCUUUUACUUGGUUUCUUUAACUUUGCUAUGUGACAUUCUAUGUAUUUAUGCUGAAAGCUAAAAGAGGUUGACUAAACCCUUUAGUA